AUGGUCCCAACAAAGACAAACCAAACCGGGACACCCGAAGACAGCGUGACCAGGCCCAAUAUCAAUCACCUACCAUCAGAGCUCCUUCAUAUGAUUUGUGUCUACCUCGAACCCAGAGACAUUGCAACGAUACGCAUUUUGGAUAGAAUUAUCGCGGAAGUGGGCUUGCAAUACCUCGUCUCCCAAAUCCACCUCAUACCCAAGCCCGACAGCUUCGACAGAUUGUUGGCCGUAGCUGAGCAUCCGCUUGCUAGCCGUUAUGUCAAUUCACUAUUCUACGAAGCCGACCUCCUAAGGUCAUUUCGCCACCCUGAGGAAGACAGGGAGCUCUGGGAAAAGAGCCUCGUUGGACCGAGUCACGCUAGCCCGCUGGAAGAAGUUCAGGAUCCGCAUUUCGCGUCAGCUUGCGGUCAUUUGCCGAAAAGGUACAAUCGAGGAACCUCGGCUGUUGUCUUGAGUCAUCAACAACAUUACACGAAGCGAGAGUUACAACGAGCAUACCAGACAUAUCGAAGCUAUCGUGCUGAACAACAUCGCCUGAAUGAGUCAGCCGCUUACGAAGAAGCCAUGGUGAGGGCAAUGAAGCGGCUUCCACACCUGACGUCGAUUUUCAUCUCAUGCGAGCGAGGCAACACCAAUCACUUUCGCGCAGCUUUCGAAGCCGGACUAUGCGAAGACGUGACAUCGGACCCCCGCAUGGCUGACCAAAUCUGCGCAUCACAAUUAAGCCUUCUCCUUUCGGCCGCCGACAAAGCCGGUUUACAGAUCAAGAAACUUAUCUGCGGCUCGUUGGGUCAAAUCUUCUUGAGUUGUUCGCUUGAGCGCCUCGACGCCAUGCAACGAAGCAUUCAAUCUCUUCAUAAUCUACAUCUUUUCUUCUCUCAUAUCCCCUUGGAGUUCGAUUCGAACGCCGCGUCCAAUCCGCACGGCAGCAGCUCAGCUAGGGCAGAUAAUAUGCAAUUCGCGAUGUCUGCGCCCAAUCUCGAAACCCUUUCCAUUCGCUUCGAUAAAGACCGCGCCCUCGAUCCCCCUGAUCUCAAACAUCUCGUUUCAGACUUCCAUUGGUCGUACUUGGCAUCUGCAACUUUCGCCAAGAUGAGCACCGGCUCUGAAAUCCUAGUUGGCUUCUGUGACCGACAUGCCGGUACACUCAAAGACCUUAGCUUGACGGAUAUCAGCUUAUACAGCGGUCGGUGGGCCACGACGUUUUAUGAGAUGCGUCAAAGGCUGAAGCUCGACAAAAUGGCCCUUGCGGGGAUUAUUCAAAGCGUUGAGGGGGACUAUUGGAACUUCGAGAUCGGAGACCACACAACUAAGCUGAUGAUUGAGCGCUACAUUGCCUAUUCUGACGAAACACAGAGAGAUCUAUCUCUUGGACGGUUCAUCAUGGAUUUUAGACAAGCUCUUGCAAAGCGUUGGGCGCCACAUCGGCCGAGUGGGCUGUCCGCUGUCGCUUGA